AUGUGUGGUAUUUUUGGAUACAUAAACUUUUUGGUGGACAAAUCAAGAGGCGAAAUCAUCGAUAACCUUAUCGAAGGUUUGCAACGAUUGGAGUACAGGGGGUACGAUUCAGCAGGUUUGGCUGUUGAUGGUCACCUUGUUAGAGAUGGCGACGAGGAAUACAUGAACAGCAUUAUCGUCAAAACCCCAGGUAAGGUUAAGGUUUUGAAACAAAAAAUCAUUGACGACAAAAUUGACAGAUCGGCUGUAUUUGACAAUCACGUGGGUAUUGCCCACACUAGAUGGGCUACUCACGGUCAACCUAAAGUCGAAAACUGUCACCCACACAGAUCUGAUGCCUCAAGAGCUGAAUUCAUCGUUGUCCAUAACGGUAUCAUCACAAAUUAUGCCGCAUUGAGAAAAUAUCUCUUGUCUAAAGGUCACCAGUUUGAAAGUGAAACCGAUACUGAAUGUAUCGCUAAAUUGUUUAAACACUUUUACGACUUGAACUUGAAAGCGGGAGUCUCUCCAGACUUUAAUGAAUUGACAAAACAAGUUUUGCACGAAUUGGAAGGCUCAUAUGGUUUAUUGGUAAAAUCAUACCACUUUCCAGGUGAAGUGUGUGGUACCAGAAAAGGUUCACCAUUAUUGGUUGGUGUCAAAACUGAAAAGAAGUUGAAAGUUGACUUUGUCGAUGUUGAGUUUGAAUCCAAUGCAGCAGCAGCAGCCCAACAACAACAGCAGCAACAGCACCAACAACAACAACAACAACAACAGCAGCAACAAUCAAAUGGCGGCAACCUUUCAUUAUCCAAUGGUGCAGGCGCUGCUGGUGCUAGUGGCGUCCCAGACUUGGGUUUCAUCCCAGUUGUUCCUGGUGAUUUGAGAACAUCACAAUCAAGAGCAUUCCUUUCCGAGGAUGAUUUGCCAAUGCCAGUUGAAUUCUUUUUGAGUUCUGACCCAGCCUCCGUUGUCCAACAUACCAAGAAAGUUUUGUUCUUGGAAGACGACGACAUUGCACACAUUUACGAUGGUGAGCUUCACAUUCACAGAGCUUCAACCAAGAGUGCAGGUGAAUCUACAGUUAGGCCAAUCCAAACUUUGGAGAUGGAAUUGAAUGAGAUUAUGAAAGGUCCAUACAAGCAUUUCAUGCAAAAGGAAAUUUUUGAACAACCAGACUCCACUUUUAAUACCAUGAGAGGAAGAAUUGAUUUUGAAAACCACACUGUGACAUUGGGUGGCUUGAAAGCAUUUUUACCAACUAUUAGGAGGUGUAGAAGAAUCAUUAUGAUUGCUUGUGGUACAUCGUACCAUUCAUGUUUGGCUACCAGAUCCAUUUUUGAAGAAUUGACCGAGAUCCCAGUAAGUGUUGAGUUGGCAAGUGACUUUUUGGACAGAAAAUCUCCAGUUUUUAGAGACGAUACCUGUGUGUUUGUCUCUCAAUCUGGUGAGACCGCCGACUCGAUACUCGCGUUGCAAUACUGUUUGGAAAGAGGCGCGUUAACCGUGGGUAUUGUUAACUCCGUUGGCUCGUCCAUGUCUAGACAAACACAUUGUGGUGUUCACAUCAAUGCUGGUCCAGAAAUUGGUGUUGCCUCUACUAAAGCCUACACUUCGCAGUACAUUGCGCUUGUCAUGGUUGCUCUUUCGCUUUCCAAUGACUCCAUCUCCAAAGCAAAAAGACACGAAGAAAUUAUUGAGGGAUUGCAAAAGAUUCCUGAACAAAUCAAGCAAGUGCUCAACUUGGAAUCAAAAAUUAAACAGUUGUGUAACGAUAACCUCAAUGACCAGAAAUCGUUGCUCUUACUAGGAAGAGGGUACCAGUUUGCCACUGCUUUGGAAGGUGCAUUGAAAAUUAAGGAAAUCUCGUACAUGCACUCUGAAGGUGUGCUUGCUGGUGAGUUGAAGCACGGUGUAUUGGCCUUGGUUGAUGAUAAAUUACCAAUCAUUGCAUUUGCAACAAGGGACUCAUUGUUCCCCAAGACAAUGUCUGCUAUUGAGCAAGUUACUGCUAGAGAUGGUAGACCUAUAGUCAUUUGUAAUGAAGGUGAUGCCAUCGUUUCAAACGAUAAAGUUCAUACCACAUUGGAAGUUCCACAAACCGUGGAUUGCUUGCAAGGAUUAUUGAAUGUGAUUCCUGUACAAUUAAUCAGUUAUUGGUUGGCUGUGAAUAGAGGUAUUGAUGUUGAUUUCCCACGUAAUUUGGCCAAAUCGGUCACGGUUGAGUAG